AUGGCCGUCGAUGAUGGCCGAACGCUGCGGGAAGCGAUGGGCUGUCGUCCGAUCAAUGGCCCUCCUAGAAGCCAGGCCAGCACGAACGCAGCAGAUCCGAACUUGGAAGACGACGAUGUCGAAGGCGACAGGCGACCGCUGACGAUGACGGCGGUGGCGCAAACGAACUUAUUCACACUUGGAACGGCGAAGACGGAGGCGGUGGCGGCCGUAUACCGUCCGUAA